CUUAGCAUGGAUCUUCGCGAGGCUAUCAAAAAGUUUGGGCGUGAUGUUGGGAUCACAAUGCAGGCUGUGAAGCUCUACGCCUAUCAGAUGUUCCAAGCGCUGGUCCACAUGAAAAGUGCAGAGGUACUGCACGCCGAUCUGAAGCCAGACAACAUUCUGGUCAGCGAGAACAAGAAGUACAUCAAGGUCUGUGAUUUCGGCACGGCCACCCUGCACCGCGACGCCGAGCUCACGCCGUAUCUCGUCUCACGAUUCUACCGUGCACCAGAGGUCAUCCUCGGGAUGGACUUCGAUUACGCUAUCGAUAUGUGGGCUAUCGGUUGCACACUUUACGAACUGUUCACUGGUCGCAUUCUGUUCAACGGAGCUGACAACAACGGCAUGUUACGCUCGAUCCAGGAAUGUCGUGGAAAGAUCCCAAUCCGUCUCAUCAAACGCGCGCAGCUGGCACACAAGUACUUCGAUGACACCUUCACCUUCCAUGCCCUGGAGCGGGACAAGCUCACUGGCCACAUCGUACCGAGGCCCGUACAAUUUUCGCAAGGAGCACAUGGCAAAGAUCUCAAAUCCAAGCUCAGCGCAAACUUGAAGUUGUUGCCACUUUCCGAGGUCAAGGAGCACAAUGCCUUUGUGGAUCUACUGGAUAAAUGCCUCCAGCUCGAUCCGGAGAAGCGCAUCAAGCCCAAGGACGCUCUGCAUCAUCCCUUCUUCGCCACUCCGCAAAUGAAAGGGAAUGGU